GAUUUGUUUAUUAUGAAUAAAGAUAAAAAUAAAAUUAAAAAAAAAAUAAAUAAAAUGUAUAAAUUUGCGUGCUGUUUGGCGUAAAAAAUAUACUAUCCAGAACUACGUUUUUGGAAAUGCGUUCCCCGACUUACGACUGGGCUGUAAUGCAUAAUGAAUGCGAGCCGAUGCCAUAGCAGAGGCAUUGCUCAUACGCCUAUUUGUCAACCCUUAAGGGAGGCCAAAAGGGGCGGAAAGGGAAGGGGCGUGCCUGCCUGCUGUUUGUGAAAUGUGCGACACCAUGAGCAGAAUCCGGAGCCAAGUCGGUGGCCAUUUGUGCCUCAAUUAGUUCAUAAAGCUGACAGCGACAGGCGCCGUCGGGCGGCACCUUCUUCCUUUUCCUUCCCAUGAUAAGGUGUUGAACCCAUACCAUCAACAGCAUAACAAUGAGUAAUGUCUCAUUGAAGCUCUCUAUCAGCGCUCAAAAAGCUCAUAGGUUUUUCGAUAAGACGAAAAGCAGGGUACACAAAAGUUAGUCUUCGCAAUGCAGUCGGACAGGCCUGACAAGUCGCCUAGAAAUGAAGAGGCUAAAGAGUCAGAGGAUGGCGACUCCACUGAAAGAUUUCAGCCUGUUUCAAUGACCUUUACAUGGGACAGUUCAAUGAUGGAGGAAAAAGAGGCUGAUACCGCAGCUGCCGAUGAGGAGGUAUCCAAGCCGUUUCAGGCCGCUAGUAUGGUCUUUCAGAUCGAUGCUCAAGGAGAGAUAGUCUUGAGUACUGCAGCUUCCUUGGAACCGGCGAAGGAUUUGAAGCCACCAUUGGUGGUCAUUUUACAUCACUUGGAAUUCGAGAACAAGCCUCUCUUGAGACGCGAAGGAAGCUCAAAGGACGUCGAGACUCUGUUCGAAACGUUUAACAGGCUCAAAUGUGAGAUCGAAGAAGUUUUCAACCCGAAACUGGAAACAGUUAGAGAGAAGGUUAAGAAAUUGGCUUUGAAAAAUUUCAACCAACUGUCUGGUCUGGUCAUCGUUAUCCUGAGCCAUGGCUGGCGAAAGGAGAAGAUCACAUCGUGCGACGUUCUCCCGUACGACUUGGAUGAUGACGUCCUGUUCCCACUUCGCCACAAUGAGAGCCUGAGGGGCAAACCGAAAAUCCUGAUAGUCCAGGCGUGCAAGGACUCCAAGGUUCAGGCGGAUUCUACGAAAUUCGGACCGGAUAGCUCGUACUACAUGAAGUGCUACAGCACCACCGAGGGCACCCAGAGCUUUCGCAGUCCAAAGGAUGGAACGAUUUACAUACAAACCUUCUGCCAGGAAAUGAAUCAGCAUGCCCUUACAAAGGAUUUCAAGGUCAUUAUGGAGGAAGUAAACGCGAAGGUCGAGGUAGAGUCUGAAAAAGCGGGGUACAAGCAAGUGCCAUCAUUAUUAUUCUCACCUUGGAAGCCCUUCUGUUUUGGAGACUACGUGAAUAACGCACCCUAAAUAAUUGGGAAACGGAUUUAUAAACGAAAUUAACAUAAAGAAGAACCUGUUUGAUACUUCACAAUAAUAUACUCCAAAAUUGCACUCAACCAUUCUGCAAACGAAGCUUCCAGUGAACCAAAUAAAUGACUUGGGCUUGCCUGGCUUUGUUUAUCCAA